AUGGCCGAUAAACGCAGGAUAGACAGUCUGGCCGUUGACUUUUUGCUUUUUGCUGGUCUUAUCGCAACCGGUGCCUACGUGAUCCGCCAGGUCAUCUCCAACGUAAUCGCAGAUCCAGAACGCGAGAAGCACGAACAAGCAAGCCUGCGAGCAAAGGCGCACUUAGAACGUUUGCAGCGGGAAAAAGAUCGAAGGAGAUCCGGAGAUGGCUCGGACGAUACAGCGCAACGAGGCCCUCGUGUGGAAGACCUGACUCUGAAUCAAUAUGAGAACAUCGUCGCCAUGGAUAUGGUGGCGCCGCAAGAUAUACAUGUCGGCUUCAACGACAUCGGCGGCCUCGAUGGCAUUAUCGAAGAACUCAAAGAAUCCGUCAUUUACCCUCUAACGAUGCCACAACUAUACUCGCAUGGUGGAGCGUUAUUAUCAGCACCGUCUGGUGUUCUUCUCUACGGUCCUCCUGGAUGUGGCAAAACGAUGCUUGCAAAGGCCCUUGCGCGUGAGAGCGGUGCCUCGUUUAUCAAUCUACACAUCUCGACCCUCCUCGAGAAGUGGUACGGAGAUUCGAACAAACUUGUACGAGCCGUUUUCACCCUGGCCCGCAAGAUGCAGCCUGCCAUCAUCUUCAUUGACGAGAUUGAUGCUGUGCUGAGGAUGCGGGCCAACAGUGACCACGAAGCGAGCGCCAUGGUUAAAGCAGAGUUUAUGACCCUCUGGGACGGAUUGACAUCGGCAAACACGUCCGGUCUCCCCGCCAGGAUCGUCGUGCUCGGCGCAACGAAUCGAAUCCACGACAUCGACGAAGCCAUCCUUAGGCGAAUGCCCAAAAAGUUCGCCGUAUCUCUCCCCGGCGCGGAGCAGAGGCGCCGCAUUCUUCAACUCGUGCUAGCGGACACCAAGACGGAUCCCGAAAACUUCAAUCUCGACUACAUUGUCAGGGUGACGGCUGGCAUGUCAGGUAGCGACAUCAAGGAGGCGUGCCGUGACGCGGCGAUGGUGCCCGUCCGGGAGUACAUCCGACAGAACCGUGAUGGUGCUGUUCAAACUAGGUCGAUUAACCCCGAUCACAUCCGCGGCAUUCGCACGGAAGACUUCUUCGGAAGGAUGGGUGGCCAGGUACUACAUGCUCAGGCUAAUAAGCAAGGCGAUCAGACUACCGCCGAUGCGGAGAAGGGUUCAUCGGACGGAUACCUUGAUGCGGAAGCGGAAUCUCUGGGCUAA